AUGGAGGAGGAGCCUCCGAUCUACCGUCUCCCCCACGACACGCUCCACCAGAUCUUCUCCUCCCUCCCCCUCCGCCAAAUCAUCCUCUGCCGCUCCCUCUCCAAGUUCUUCCUCCAUCUCCUCUCCACCCCCUCCUUCCUCCACCUCCUCUCCACAUCCCACCUUCCGCUCCACCUCCUCGCCCUCCGCCACCGCCACACCCCUCACACCUCUCACACUUCUCACACCUCUCUUUCCCUAUUUGAUCCCGACCAUAAAACGUGGCUCCAUUUCCCCCUUGAUUUUCUCCCCUUCCAUUCACCUCUUCCCGUUGCCUCCUCCCACGGACUCCUCUACCUCUGGGCCCAGCCCAAGCCCAAGCCCAACACCAACACUUCCCAGCCCGACACCACCGCAACCAAAUCCCUCAUCGCAUGUAACCCUCUCAUGAGAACCUUCCGCGUGCUCCCCCACCUUGGCUCCGCCUGGUCCCGCCAUGGUGCCGUCCUCGUCGACGCCGAUCACCGCGUCAUGGUCCUAACUGAACUCGCCGCCCUCUACUGCCACCGCACCCCGAAGUGGCUCAAAUUCUCCUCCAACCUCCCUUCCAAACCCCGCUCCCCUCUUCUCAUCAACCACUCCGCUUUCGCCCUCUGCGACGUCGGCUCCCCCUGGCGUAGCCAGUGGAAACUCUUCUCCUGCAACAUCGCCGCAUCUCCUUCGCCUACGUGGUCGCGCCUCGACCGUCACGAGUGGGGGGACAUCUUCGACGUCCUGAAGCGCCCCCGCCUUGUCCGCGGCCACGGCAACCGGAUCCUCAUGGUUGGCGGCCUCAAGUCGUCGUUCGCCCUCAACGCGCCCUGCUCCACUAUUCUCGUCCUGCGUCUCGACCUGGACAAGCUCGAGUGGGAUGAGGCUUCGCGCAUGCCGCCGGAGAUGUUCCGCGCGUUCCGCGAAUCAACGAAGUACAAAGUCUUCGGCAGCGGCGACAGGGUUUGCAUCUCCGCCAAGAGAAUCGGGAAGCUGGCGCUCUGGGACCGCCGUGCCGCCGAAGGGGACGAGUGGCGGUGGAUCGAUAACCUUCCCGGGAAUGGCGAUGGACUUUACCGCGGGUUUGUAUUUGAAGGGAGGCUCAAUGCUGUGCCCUGA